AUGGAGAACGCACACACCAAGAGCCCGGCAGAAUGCCUGGCUUACUUCGGCGUGAACGAGAACACGGGUCUGACCCCCGACCAGUUCAAGAAGAAUCUGGACAAGUACGGCCACAACGAGCUGCCCGCUGAAGAGGGCAAGAGCAUCUGGGAGCUGAUCAUCGAGCAGUUCGAGGACCUGCUGGUCCGAAUCCUGCUGCUGGCUGCUUGCAUCUCUUUUGUUCUGGCUUGGUUUGAGGAAGGUGAGGAGACCAUCACCGCCUUCGUGGAGCCCUUCGUCAUCCUCCUCAUCCUCAUCGCCAAUGCCGUGGUCGGAGUGUGGCAGGAGCGUAAUGCUGAGGAUGCCAUCGAGGCUCUCAAGGAGUACGAGCCAGAGAUGGGCAAAGUCUACCGUUCUGACAGAAAGAGUGUCCAGAGGAUCAAGGCCAGAGAAAUUGUCCCCGGAGACAUCGUGGAGGUGUCGGUUGGUGACAAAGUCCCCGCUGACAUCAGGCUUGUUUCUAUCAAGUCCACCACUCUGCGUGUCGACCAGUCCAUCCUCACUGGUGAGUCCGUCAGUGUGAUCAAGCACACCGAGUCUGUUCCUGACCCAAGAGCCGUCAACCAGGACAAGAAGAACAUGCUUUUCUCUGGCACCAACAUCGCUGCGGGCAAAGCCAUCGGUGUGGCCGUGGCCACCGGAGUCUCCACUGAAAUUGGCAAGAUCCGUGACCAGAUGGCUGCCACCGAGCAGGAGAAGACGCCUCUGCAGGCCAAGCUGGAUGAGUUCGGCGAGCAGCUGUCCAAGGUCAUCUCCCUGAUUUGCGUUGCCGUCUGGGCUAUCAACAUCGGCCACUUCAACGACCCCGUCCACGGAGGUUCAUGGAUCCGCGGUGCCGUCUACUACUUCAAGAUCGCCGUUGCCUUGGCUGUGGCCGCCAUUCCUGAGGGUCUUCCCGCUGUCAUCACCACCUGCCUGGCCCUUGGAACCCGCCGUAUGGCCAAGAAGAACGCCAUCGUCAGAAGCUUGCCCUCUGUGGAGACUCUUGGCUGCACCUCUGUCAUCUGCUCUGACAAGACUGGCACUCUCACCACCAACCAGAUGUGUGUGACCAAGAUGUUUAUUGUCAAGAAUGUUGAAGGUAGUCAUGUCGACCUUGAUGCCUUCGAUAUCUCCGGAUCCAAGUACACCCCUGAGGGCGAGGUUUCCCAGGCUGGUGCAAAGACCAACUGCAGUGCCUAUGACGGUCUUGUGGAGCUUGCCACAAUUUGCGCCCUGUGCAACGACUCCUCUCUGGACUACAACGAGGCUAAGAAGAUCUAUGAGAAGGUUGGUGAGGCUACUGAGACCGCCCUGAGCUGCCUGGUUGAGAAGAUGAAUGUCUUCAACUCCAACGUGAAGAACCUGUCCAGAAUUGAGAGAGCCAACGCUUGCUGCUCUGUCAUUAAGCAGCUCAUGAAGAAGAACUUCACCCUGGAGUUCUCCCGCGACAGGAAGUCUAUGUCUGUGUACUGCACUCCCACCAAGGGUGACGGUGGUGCCAAGAUGUUUGUGAAGGGCGCCCCAGAAGGUGUGAUCGACAGGUGCAUGUACGUUCGCGUUGGCACCACCCGCGUCCCUCUGACCAACGCUAUCAAGGAGAAGAUCAUGACCGUCAUCAGGGACUGGGGUACCGGCCGUGACACCCUGCGUUGCUUGGCCCUGGCCACCUGCGACAACCCUCUGAAGCCAGAGGAGAUGAACCUGGAGGACUCCACCAAGUUUGCCGAUUACGAGACUGACCUGACCUUUGUUGGCUGCGUGGGAAUGUUGGACCCUCCUCGUAAGGAGGUGACUGGCUCCAUUGAGCUUUGCAGGGCUGCCGGAAUCCGUGUCAUCAUGAUCACUGGUGACAACAAGGGAACCGCCAUCGCUAUCUGCCGUCGUAUUGGCAUCUUCAGUGAGGAUGAGGAUGUAGAAAGCAAGGCCUACACCGGACGUGAGUUUGACGACCUGCCACUCCACGAGCAGUCCGAGGCUGUCCGUAGGGCUUGCUGCUUCGCCCGUGUGGAGCCGUCCCACAAGUCCAAGAUUGUUGAAUUCCUGCAGGGUUAUGAUGACAUUACUGCCAUGACUGGUGAUGGUGUGAAUGAUGCCCCCGCCCUGAAGAAGGCCGAGAUUGGCAUCGCUAUGGGCUCUGGCACUGCAGUUGCCAAGUCUGCCUCUGAGAUGGUCCUGGCUGAUGACAACUUCUCUUCCAUUGUGGCUGCUGUUGAGGAGGGCAGAGCUAUCUACAACAACAUGAAGCAGUUCAUUCGCUACCUCAUCUCCUCCAAUGUUGGUGAGGUCGUCUGUAUCUUCCUGACUGCUGCUCUGGGUCUGCCCGAGGCUCUGAUCCCCGUGCAGCUUCUGUGGGUCAACCUGGUGACUGAUGGUCUGCCCGCCACCGCUCUGGGCUUCAACCCCCCUGAUCUGGACAUCAUGGGCAAGCCCCCACGUUCCCCCAAGGAGCCCCUCAUCUCUGGCUGGCUGUUCUUCAGAUACAUGGCCAUCGGUGGAUACGUCGGUGCCGCCACCGUUGGCGGAGCUGCCUGGUGGUUCCUGUACGACAGCACUGGUCCCAUGGUCACCUACCACCAGUUGUCCCACUUCAUGCAGUGCCAUGAUGAGAACGAGGACUUUACCGGUGUGGAGUGUGAAAUCUUUGAGGCCGCUCCUCCCAUGACUAUGGCUCUGUCCGUGCUGGUCACCAUUGAGAUGUGCAACGCUCUCAACAGCUUGUCUGAGAACCAGUCCCUGAUCCGCAUGCCCCCAUGGAGCAACUUCUGGCUUCUUGCCGCCAUGACCCUCUCCAUGUCCCUGCACUUCAUGAUCAUCUAUGUUGACCCUCUGCCCAUGAUCUUCAAGUUGACCCAUCUGUCUGUAGAUCAGUGGCUCAUUGUCCUGAAACUUUCCUUCCCCGUCAUCUUGAUUGACGAGGUGUUGAAGUUUUUCGCCCGUAACUACGUACAGAAGCUAAAUAGAGAUGUAGAAGAAGGCGAUCUUAAAUGGGUUGUGGAUAGGAAUAGAUGGAGAAGAACUUGA